AGGGGAGAUGGGGGGAGCCGCUGGGGGACUGGUGUUUGUAGUGACUUGCCCCAUUGCCGGUGUGAGAAACCUCCCCCUACCUAACCGGACAGCCACAGGUCCGGCAGGAUAGCCCUUAAUCCCAGUAGGCCUUGGGCACCAGCUCUGAUGUCGGCCCAGCAGCCUGCCGCCCCCACUCCCCGCCUCCCAAAGAGGCCACCCAGCCAAGGACAGGCAGGGCCUGGGUGCUGCCUGACAGGCACCUCUGCUGCCAGCCCUGCAUGCCCUUGCCUCAGCCAGUCCAGCAUGCUGCGCGCCAUGCUCCUGCUGUUGGCCCUGCUCCCAGGGACAGCCACCUUGCCCAGCGAGCCACCUGGUAUGUACAGGUGAGGGGACAUGCCCUGGCACAGCCCUGUUCCUGUGUCACCCUUUUACUGUGUCACCUCUUGGAGGUCCACCCCAGCUGGGGGAGCAGGGAUGGGUGGGAGGUAGGGUCUGCCCCAUCCCCCGUUUUCCAGGUUCUCUUGGAUCCCCAGCUUCUUCAAAGUCCCCAGCAGCCACAGUGAGGCCAAGGGCUGCAGGAGGGGAGCAGUCUGUCGAAUGCUGGAGGACAUCAUCUGACAGGGACCCCAGCAGAGUGCCACUGCCCUUGGCCUGGGGAUGAGGAACCUGGUGGCAGAGGUUGGGGGGAGAGCACCUUGCUGUUCUCCCCUCCCCUUAGAAAGAAUGGGGCCUGCACCCUACCCCAGGUGGGCCCUGAAUCCUCUGGCCUCAAGCAAGGGGACCCUCCACCAACAAGCAACCCUCACUCCCUUCCCCACCAGGGGUUCCUUCUUGUUCACUGCAGGUGGGGAAAUGGAGGUCUCCCCUAGAAAGCGCAGCUUUUCCCCAGGUUCAGGGGCUGGGCUGUGAAGUCCCCAGGGUCUUCAGAGGAUACAGAAGCUUUUCGGCUGGCGGUGCGAGGCGCCAAGCCGAGCAUGGGUGAAUCCUCCACCGCGCCUGCAUCCAGUUUCCAAAGAAGGAGGUGGAGGCGAGGAGGUUGGCUCACAAGCAGGGGGGCCUUAGGGGAAGCGCGUUCUUUCCCUCUUCUGUGCCACCCUUUCCCCCCGCAAGCGCCCCCGUUUCCCGCGGCACCUGGGCCCUGGCUGCGCCGACCCCUCUUCAGUCUGGAGCUGUCGGACGCGGAGGACGCCUUCCUGCGCCGCGCCGGGCCGCUCGAGGUCCCGGCCAACAGCCGCGUGUAUGUGCAGGCCGCCCUGGCACGUCCCUCCCCGCGCUGGGGCCUGACCCUGCACCGCUGCUCAGUGACUCCGUCCUCACGCCCGGCCCCGGGCCCCGCCUUGGCGCUGCUGCGCGGGGGCUGCCCAGCCGAUUCCUCCGUCACCUUCCCGCCACCGCGGCGGUUCUCGGGUGCCGCCCGCCCCGCGCGCUUCAGUUUCCGCCUGCGCCCGGUCUUCAACGCCUCUGUGCAGUUCCUGCACUGUCAGCUGAGCCGCUGCCGCCGCCUCCGGGAAGCCCGCCGGACGCCUGCCCCUCUGACGCUGCCGCCUCCGCCGCCGUGUCUGCCUCAGGAUGAGGCGUGCGCGGGCGCCGGCAGUGGCAGCGCUGAGAGUCUGGGUGCUGACGGCUCCCACCUGCACACGCUGACGCAGCCCAUCGUGGUCACUGUGCCGCGGCUGCCCCCCCGGCCACCCAAGGGCGUCCCCGGCAGAGAGGCGCGCCCCGAGCCUCCCGCGCCAGCUCCAGGAGCCCUGGAGCCCGCGCCGGUGGUGGCCCUUGUAUUGGCCGCCUUCGUGCUGGGCGCCGCUCUGGCCGCCGGGCUCGGCUUCGUCUGCGCGCACUCAGCGCCCCCACCCCCCGGCCCGCCUCCAAGAACCUCGCCCGGCGGCCCCCAGCCCUGAAGGCCCCAGUAAGGCAGAUACUUUUAUACUCCCCAUAAUGGAGAUACGAAAAAUGAGGCACUCUCUGACUUGCCAAAGUCACACAAUUUGGUGAAGAUGAGAUUUGAACUCGGUGACCCGCGGCGGAUUGCAGGCUCAGUGUCGCAGGAAAGGACCUCAACAUCUCAGGCAGGCACUAGGCAAAGAAAUUCGGGUUUCAGACCUAGCACUCACCCUCACCCCAGCACACAGACCGAUGGGGCGGCCAAUGAUCGGCUGGAAAGGGGGUGACCCGCCUCUGUGUCCUACUCCCCGCUCAACCCGAGUCGCCCUUCCCCAGAGAUGGCGCGCCCCCAACAGGGUCCGGAGACAUACCAGCCACGGCCUCAGACCACGCCCGCCAGGACUUCGGAUUCGAAGGGACCACAAUCCCUGCGCCCCGCCUCCUCUCGUUCCUCCUCCCACUCUCCCACCUGGAUUCAAAAUAAACACGUGGCCUGAA